GAAGUCAUGGGGAAGACGAAAUUAAAAAGGAAAUCACAUGGACAUGAGAGCUCAUCCCCUCCUCUUUUAUAACUCAGAGCUAUCAGGAGAGUUGAUAGGAAAAUUAGAAAAGCAUCAGAGAGAAGGGAAAGCCUGGAGCUUCAGAAAGGAGAGAGUAAGAGAGAAGCCAACAUGGCUUCUAAGGAGCCCAAGAGAGCAGCUCUGCACCAGAAGUUGCAGCUUCUUCGUUCUAUUACUAACUCUCAUGCUCUAGACAAAACCUCGAUCAUAUUGGACGCUACAAAGUACAUCGAAGAGUUAAAGCAAAAGGUAGAAAAACUGAAUCAAGACAUAGCCACUGCAGAGACUACUUCAAAAAACCAAAAUCAUAUGCCUAUGGUUACAGUAGAAACCCUAGAGAAGGGAUUCCUUAUAAAUGUUUAUUCAGCCAAGAGCUGCCCAGGUCUUCUAGUUCCCAUAUUGGAGGCCUUCGAAGAGAUGGGUCUCGAUGUGAAGGAAGCUAGGGUUUCAUGUUCAGACACUUUCAGAUUUCAGGCUGUAGGAGGAGAAAUAUGGUGGAAUGGUUUGUAGGAAGAAGAAGAAGGUGACAGCAUGGAUGCAGAAGCAGUGACGCAAGCUGUGGGAAGAGCCAUUGAGAAUUGGAGAGAGAGUACGAGUCAACAGUAGCAAUGAUAUUGAAGACCGGUAGUGUGCUAUUUUCUCUCUGGUGCUUAAAUGCACUGAUGCUAUAGCAAUUAGGGUUGUUUUUGUCUUUUUCUGGUGAUAUAUAUAGCAUUGCUUUCUCUUAAUGCACUGAACUUCUCUCCAAAUGUGUUGGUCCAUGAUCAAACACUUGCUUGGUGCAAUUGCCAACACUUUGAGCGGUCAA